AUGGCGCAAUUGAAAGUCCAUAACUCCCUCAAACCAGGAGGCCCUGUGCCAUUCAUUCCCAAGGAAGAGGGCAAGGUUUCCUUUUACGCAUGCGGCCCCACCGUGUAUGGGCCGUCCCAUCUGGGACAUGGUCGAAACUAUGUCUCUACGGACAUCAUACGGCGGAUAAUGAGGGAUUACUUUGGCUUCAAAAUGAAAUUUGUGCUGAAUAUUACGGAUAUAGACGAUAAGAUUAUUUUGAAAGCUCGAAGACAAAGGCUCCUCGAGAUAGAAAAGUCCAAAAAGUACACCGAAUCCGAAACCUCGGAACUUGCAGCCACGGCUUUCGAGGCCUAUGUACAAAGCAAUCUUCCAGCGCUAAACUUGGUAGAUCUUACCUCAAACAAUUACCUCUCCCGAGUUAAUGAGGCAUAUGGCGACGUUCUAGCUGGAAAAUCAUUGAUUGGGGGGGACAAGCCUGGCGAUGCGGAAACAAAGAUAAAGAUGCACAUUAACAGCCUCAACUCUGCAUGGAAGGCCAUUCAGGAGAAGAAUGUGUUUGGAGGAGAAGCGGACGACGUCAUUUCGCCAUACUUAGAUUCCCUCUACAAGGAUAAAAUCGAUGGAAGUGACCAUACAAUAUUUACGGAGGUUACAAAAUACUGGGAGGCCCACUUCAUGGAGGAUAUGGAUACGUUAAACAUCUUGCGACCAGAUGUGGUAACACGAGUUACGGAGUACGUUCCACAAAUUGUAUCUUUCGUGGAUCAGAUCAUCAAGAAAGGAUUCGCAUACGAAGCAGAUGGCUCAGUUUACUUCGACAUUGCGGCAUUUGAGAAAGCUGGGAACCCGUACGCACGACUAAGACCCGAAAGCCGGAAUGACAAAGCCUUACAAGAAGAGGGAGAAGGCUCGUUGUCGAAGAAUCUAGGAGCGAAGCGGGGUGCGGGCGAUUUCGCCUUAUGGAAGAAGUCCAAACCCGGAGAGCCCGUCUGGCCAAGUCCAUGGGGCGAGGGCCGGCCAGGCUGGCACAUUGAAUGCUCAGUCAUGGCGUCGGAUGUUCUAGGUUCACAGAUUGACAUCCACGCAGGAGGCAUUGAUCUUGCCUUCCCACAUCAUGACAAUGAAUUAGCGCAGUCGGAGGCAUACUUUUGUGAGCAUGGCAAGGGGCCGCAUAAUUGGGUCAAUUACUUUUUACAUAUGGGCCACUUGUCAAUUGCGGGUUCCAAAAUGUCAAAAUCACUAAAGAAUUUCCAAACUAUACGGGAAGCUCUGAGUAGCGAUUACACGCCGAGGGGUAUGAGGAUUGUCUUCCUUAUGGGCCGGUGGAACGAUGGGGUCGAAAUUUCCGACGACAUGAGAACCAUGGCUGAAGGGUGGGAGACGACUGUGAAUAACUUCUUCAUUGUCACAAAAUCCUUGCUUGCCGAGAAAAGCUCGGUAGAUGCCCUGAAGUCCCUAACCAUCAAUAGCGAGACCCAGACGGAGCUACAGACGAGCCUGGACAAGGCUCAAAAGAAUAUGCAGGCAGCACUGUCCGAUUCAUUUGAUACCCCAAGAGCAAUGCGGGUACUACAUGAAUUGAUUAAAGAGGCGAAUAUCCGCACCCAUAGCAACAGGGUGGCUGUGGAUUUGCAAGGCCUGGAGGCGAUUGCACGAUGGGUGACUAAGAUCGUUGGCAUCUUUGGUCUCGAUGCGAAUGCCUCGCCACCUUAUGACGGCUUAGGAUGGGCUAGUAAAGGCGCUGCCUUGAAUCUAUCACCGCAGGAAGCCGUCGAGCCAUUUAUCGUAGUCUUCCGAAAUGUGAAGGACGCCCUUAGCAUCCUCUCUGUCCGUUCAGAAACUCUCGACAAGCUUUUGGCGGCGGAUGUCGACAGCGAAUUUGAUUCUCUUCUCUCUGCUGGUACGACAGACCCGGAACUCCUUGUUAUGCCAUAUCUCCGCUCUGUUUCAAAAGUUCGUGACGAGAUACGACAGCUAGCUCCUUCAUCGCCAUCGAAGAAGGUGCUUCUCGCCCUCUCAGAUUUAAUCCGAGAUGAUUAUCUGACCAACCUAGGAGUUUAUCUUGAUGAUAGACCCGAGGGUCUGGGUGCACUCAUUAAAUUUAUUCCCAGAGAGGAGCUUGUAGCCCAGAGGGAGGAGAAGGCCGCUAAAGAGCGAGAGGGGUUGGCUCAGAAGGAGGCAGCAAGAUUAGAGAGAGAAAGGCUUGAGCGCGAGAAGGCUGAGAAGGUCAAGGUGAGCCCGUUAGAUAUGUUUCGAGAUGAGCGAUUCAGUGCUUGGGAUGAAGACGGGCUUCCUACGAAAACGGCAGAUGGUAAAGACGUAACGAAGAACGCGUUAAAGAAGUUGAAAAAGGACUGGGAGAGGCAGAAAAAGGCUCAUGAGGAGUGGAAAGCAAAGUCUGGGGCGUGA